GGCGGGACCCGGUGGAUUGAUGACUGGAGUUUCCCUUGCGGUCUAAAGAUUAAUGGAAGGGGUCUGUUGAUCUUAGGAUUCGAGUAUCAGAUGGUUUGUCCCAGGAAACCAUUGCACUUGACGAAUGAAUUAGAAACGGAAGAAGAAAUAUUCACUUGAAAUAGCCAAAGGCAGAAAAAAAACGAGUAACCUGGACACCACUUUUGAUAUUCAGGUCUCAACUGAAAAGGCCUGCCUACUCAAAGAUAGCACCUGGUUACUUCAGGCCAGGAUACGACUCCGAGGGACGCUAAAAGCUAACGCUAGCCUUCUCGUUAGCCAGACGGAAAACAGAUUUCGACGAUCUGUCUGAUGCUCCAGACUGGAAUUUGGAUAAACCAAUCUGCGUGUGGAAAUAAAGGACAGUCGUGUAGCUUGAUCCGCCGGUGCUUACUUGAAAAUUGAGGUGCUAUCGUUACCAGACAAAACAUCCAGUGGCGAUUUCUGCUAGAGUUAGCUACUGUGCUAGCCUAGCCAACCGAAAGUGUUCGGGGUUGUUGCGGAUUUCAAUAUUCUCGAUUGGCGGAACUUUUCCGAACUCUACGGAAAAGUAUUGAAGGAAAUAUAUUUACAUGCAUUAGUCAAUAAUGGUAGCUGUUAGCUAGUAGCUAGCUGUCAGCUUCAUUGAACCCCGCGGCUGUGUUAGCGGUAUAUCACUGAAAGACUUGGAAAAGAAAACACCCAGGGACACCACUGUCAGCCUGCCAUCAUGGGCAACACGCCCACUGCAAAGAAGGGCAAUGAAAUGGAAAGUGUGAAGGAGUUUCUUGCCAAAGCCAAAGAAGAUUUCUUGAAGAAAUGGGAGAAUCCUUCACAGCAAACUGCGGCACUGGAUCACUUUGAGCGUUUGAAGACCUUGGGCACUGGUUCAUUUGGUCGAGUCAUGCUGGUUAAACACAAAGAGACAGGCCAGCAUUUUGCCAUGAAAAUACUUGACAAACAGAAGGUAGUGAAGCUGAAGCAGAUAGAGCACACACUGAAUGAGAAACGUAUCCUGCAAGCCGUCAGUUUCCCCUUUCUGGUGCGACUGGAGCAUUCUUUUAAGGACAACAGUAAUCUGUAUAUGGUCAUGGAGUAUGUACCUGGGGGUGAAAUGUUCUCACACUUAAGGAGAAUUGGUAGAUUCAGUGAACCACAUGCUCGCUUCUAUGCAGCCCAGAUUGUAUUGACCUUUGAAUACCUUCACUCGCUGGAUCUCAUCUACCGAGACCUGAAGCCAGAGAAUCUGCUCAUUGACCAGCAAGGUUACAUCCAGGUAACAGAUUUUGGAUUUGCGAAAAGGGUGAAGGGCCGAACCUGGACACUUUGCGGGACCCCAGAGUACCUGGCACCAGAGAUCAUCCUCAGUAAGGGUUACAAUAAAGCAGUGGACUGGUGGGCUCUGGGAGUGCUGAUAUACGAGAUGGCUGCUGGUUACCCCCCAUUCUUUGCAGAUCAGCCUAUUCAGAUUUAUGAGAAGAUUGUAUCAGGGAAGGUUCGCUUUCCCUCCCACUUCAGCUCAGACCUGAAGGACCUGUUGAGAAAUUUGCUGCAGGUGGACCUAACCAAGCGCUUUGGCAACCUCAGGAAUGGAGUCAAUGAUAUCAAGGGCCACAAGUGGUUCGCCACAACCGAUUGGAUUGCCAUCUACCAGAGGAAGGUGGAAGCUCCCUUUAUUCCUAAGUGCAAAGGCCCUGGUGACACAAGCAACUUCGAUGACUACGAAGAAGAGGAAAUCAGAGUCUCCAUCACAGAGAAGUGUGCAAAAGAGUUUGCCGAGUUCUAGAGUCCAACCAUUAGUAGCAGCGAGAGAGUCUGGGAUUUAGAAAGGAAAGGGGGUCAUUUGUAAUGACGACAACAAUGUAACAUCCCCCCAGUGGAAAGGUAGGCAAAGUGAAGAAAGGUCCAACAUAACCAGCAGUGUUGCCUUUUCUGAUUGUUUCUCAGAUGUUACCUAUUCAUUUUAUUUAUCCCUCUUCAUUUGUGGCCGGGCCUCGAGGAGAGCAGGCACAUGUUGUGGUUGCUCAGCUAGAUUUGUAUCUUCCUGGUGGUGUAAUGACACAUUUUUAUUCUUUGCAGGUUGAGGCAUUGAUUUUCUGUUAAGGUACUGACUCUGUUAGGCUCCUUUUUUUUUUUUUUUUUUU